ACGGUAUCCGCCAGCGGAACUCCUUUGCGCAGCUGUAGUACCGCAGCAGCUGCUGGCACGCCACCUCCCGCCAAGAAGCAUCAAACGCUACUAAUGCAUAAUAGCAGCGCUUCCGAUGUAGGAAUAACGGAGCAACCACCAAGGCCGCCGCGUAACCGCUUGCCCACAGAUCCAAGCCCCGACAGCCAUAGCUCGGCCAGYAGCUCAGACAAUUUUGUAGACUCUAGUAGCAUCGGCAGCUCUAAUGUGUUGCUAGUGCCGCCCUCGCCAGGUGUGGCACACGUGGGCAUGGGUCAUACCAUUAAACAUCGCUUUAGCUAUUGGUUCGGCAUACGCGCCACCUGCAAACUAUGCCAAAAACAGAUGUUGAGCCAUUGGCUAAAGUGCACUGACUGCAAAUAUAUUUGCCACAAAUCCUGCGCCCCGCAUGUGCCGCCCUCAUGUGGUCUUCCGCCUGAAUAUAUUCACGAAUUUCGCCAAACUCAAGUGGGCGGCAGAUGGGACCCAUCCCAGCACAGCGGCAGUAAAAUGUCACCAGUGCCAAAAAAGAAUACGCUAGGCAAACCGCAAUUGCAGCAGCCGCAGCUACAGCAUGGAGACAGCAGCUCACCAAGCUCAAGCUGCACCAGUUCCACGCCCAGCAGUCCAGCACUAUUCCAGCAGCAGCAGCAGCAACAACAACUAGGCACGCCCAGUGCCUGCCAGCAGAAGCCUGCACCUGCUGGUGGAACAGCGGGUGGACAACAGGGUCAGCAGAGUCAAUUCAAUUUCCCGAACGUGACUAUCACUAGCAUCAAUKCCUGCAAUAGCAAUGCGAGUGCAGCCCAAACGCUGAUAUCCAAUGACUCGCAACCCCACAUGAGCACAGGAGAGCCCCUAACCAACGGAAACAACAACAGCAGCUCCACAAAUAGCAGUAACACCACCAGCACUAAUAACAACAGCAGCAGCAGCUCCAAUGGUCUGAUCCACUCCCUGACUGGCAGUCAAGCCUCAACCCAUUCGGCUGCUUCGCAAGCGUCGAAUUUGAGCAGUGGAAGCACGGCCACCUAUACGGCCAGCCUGGUGAACAGCGACAGCUUCUUUCCCCGCAAACUGAGCAAUGCGGGUGUGGACAAGCGCACCCCCUUCACUAGCGAGUACACGGACACCCAUAAGUCGAACGAUAGUGAUAAGACGGUGUCGCUGUCUGGGAGUGCCAGCACCGACUCGGAUCGCACGCCUGUGCGCUUGGACUCAACUGAAGAUGGGGACUCGGGCCAAUGGCGCCAGAACUCUAUAUCGUUAAAGGAAUGGGAUAUACCCUAUGGUGAUCUGCACUUGAUGGAACGCAUUGGGCAAGGACGCUUCGGCACUGUGCAUCGAGCCUUGUGGCAUGGUGAUGUCGCAGUAAAGCUACUCAAUGAAGACUAUCUACAGGACGAACACAUGYUGGAAUCAUUUCGCAACGAGGUGGCGAAUUUCAAGAAGACGCGGCACGAGAACCUGGUACUAUUCAUGGGAGCCUGCAUGAAUCCGCCGUAUUUGGCCAUUGUCACAUCAUUAUGCAAAGGCAACACGCUCUACACUUACAUACAUCAGCGACGGGAAAAAUUCGCAAUGAACCGCACGCUGCUGAUUGCCCAACAGAUUGCGCAGGGAAUGGGCUACUUGCAUGCUAGGGAUAUAAUACACAAGGAUCUGCGCACCAAGAACAUCUUCAUUGAGAACGGCAAGGUGAUCAUCACGGACUUUGGCCUCUUCAGCUCCACAAAGCUGCUGUACUGUGAUAUGGGGCUGGGAGUUCCACAAAAUUGGCUGUGCUACUUGGCCCCGGAACUGAUACGAGCGCUGCUGCCCAGAAAGCCGGCUGGUGAGUGCUUAGAAUUCACGUCCUAUUCUGAUGUGUACUCUUUUGGGACCGUUUGGUAUGAGCUCAUUUGCGGCGAGUUCACGUUCAAGGAUCAACCGGCAGAGUCAAUCAUUUGGCAGGUGGGGCGGGGCAUGAAGCAAUCGCUAGCCAAUUUACAAUCUGGUCGCGAUGUCAAGGACCUGUUGAUGCUGUGCUGGACCUACGAGAAGGAGCAUAGGCCAGAUUUUGCACGCCUACUUUCCCUAUUGGAGCAUUUGCCAAAGAAGCGUUUGGCGCGCAGUCCCUCGCAUCCCGUCAACCUGUCCCGCUCAGCGGAGUCUGUGUUCUAACCAGCCUAMUAUAUACACUUAUACAUUUCUAUACACACACAUAAAUGUUAUGUAUGUAAGCAGGCACACGCACACGCGCACACACUGUUUCA